CCCCCGUUAACCUGCAGCCCAAAAGAGCGCACCCUUCGCUCCCUCCAGUUGUUCCAUCACCAUCGUUCGACUUUCACCCGCUAUUUAAAGGGUUGUUCGCCGUUGAAGACCACUACCGGUCUCUACUCCCAACAUGGCGUCGUCGGUAACUCCAUCGGAUGCCACCCAUGAGAAAGCGAACACACAGGAUCAGUCCCAUGCUAAGAAGAAGGGAUUCUUCCACAAGCACAAGAACGAUUCGACUGACCUGGAUGAGAAACAUGCAGAGGUCCCUGUUGACAAAGCGGGGGACAAGUCAAAAUCAAAGGACGUUACGCCGGCGUCCUUCGCAAGUCUUUUCCGGUUCUCUACCAGGUUUGAGUUGUCCAUGAAUCUCCUUGGUCUCGUCGCUGCGGCUGGUGCCGGCGCUGCUCAACCGCUCAUGAGUUUGCUCUUCGGUAAUCUUACGCAGGAUUUCAUUGUUUUCCAACAAGUUGCAGGUCUUGCUGAAGCAGGAGACCCGGAUGCCAUAGCAGAGCUCCCAAAUUCUCAAAGGAGCUUCAGGCGUACCGCGGCACUCGAUGCGUCUUACCUGGUCUAUAUUGGCGUUGGCAUGUUCGUUUGUACAUUCACAUAUAUGUACAUCUGGGUCUACACGGGGGAGAUCAACGCGAAACGUCUCCGUGAACGCUACCUCCAAGCUGUGCUCCGUCAGGAUAUCGCAUACUUCGACAACGUCGGCGCCGGAGAAGUGACCACGCGUAUCCAAACGGACACUCAUUUGGUUCAGCAGGGAACUUCAGAAAAGGUUGCCCUUGUGGUUAAUUUCCUCUCCGCCUUCGUCACUGGUUUCAUUCUCGCUUACGUUCGAUCAUGGCGACUCGCACUUGCCUUGUCUUCUAUCCUUCCUUGCAUCGGUAUCAUGGGCGGUGUCAUGAACAAAUUCGUUUCUACUUACAUGCAACUCUCUUUGAAGCAUGUUGCUGAAGGAGGUACAUUGGCUGAGGAGGUUAUUUCAACAAUUCGCACAGCGCAAGCCUUCGGAACCCAAAAUAUUCUGGGUACUCUGUAUGAUGGCCAUAUCCAACUAGCUCACAAGGCUGACAUGAAGGGUGCUGCGUGGCACGGUGGAGGAUUGGCCGUGUUUUUCUUCAUCAUUUAUUCUGCUUAUGCCCUUGCUUUCAGCUUUGGUACCACGCUCAUAAAUGGAGGCCAUGCCGACGGCGGCACAGUUAUCAACGUCUUCUUAGCCAUUCUAAUCGGUUCCUUCUCUCUUGCGCUUCUCGCGCCCGAGAUGCAAGCUAUCACGCAUGCUCGUGGUGCUGCAGCCAAGCUUUAUGAGACUAUUGACCGUGUUCCUUCGAUCGACACCCAGGACCCAUCUGGUCUCAAGCCUGAGAAGGUCGAGGGUGAGAUCGUUUUCGAACACGUCAAAUUCAACUACCCAUCUCGCCCCGAUGUCAAAAUCGUAAAGGACCUGUCCAUCACCUUCCCUGCUGGCAAGACCAUUGCUCUUGUCGGUGCUUCUGGAUCUGGAAAGUCGACUGUCGUUUCGCUUGUCGAACGUUUCUACGAUCCUCUCGAAGGUGUCGUCAAAUUGGACGGCGUUGAUCUCAGGAAGCUCAACCUCAAAUGGCUCCGCUCUCAGAUUGGUCUCGUAUCUCAGGAACCGACUCUCUUCGCUACCACUAUUAAAGGCAACGUUGCUCAUGGAUUGAUAAAUACUCCUUAUGAGCAUUCGUCCGAUGAAGAGAAGAUGGCUCUCAUCAAGGAAGCUUGCAUUAAGGCAAACGCUGAUGGUUUUAUCACAAAGCUUCCUUUGGGCUACGACACUUUGGUCGGUGAGCGUGGUUUCUUGCUCUCUGGUGGCCAGAAACAACGUAUUGCUAUCGCUCGUGCUAUUGUCUCGGAUCCUCGUAUUCUGCUACUCGAUGAGGCUACUAGUGCUCUUGACACGCAAAGUGAGGGUAUCGUGCAAAACGCUUUGGACAAGGCUGCUGCAGGUCGUACCACCAUCACUAUCGCUCAUCGUCUCUCUACUAUCAAGGAUGCCGACUGCAUCUACGUCAUGGGCGGUGGAGUCGUCCUUGAAUCUGGUACUCACAAUGAACUGCUGGCCAAUCCUGAGGGUGCCUACGCUCUUCUUGUCGCAGCCCAAAAGCUCCGCGACGCACGAGAGAAGCAAGCUCAGCCUGACGGUGAUGACAGCGACACUGCCGCCAGCGACGAACACGACGAUAUAGACUCGAAGGCAGACGAAGAAGUUCCUCUCGGCCGCACUAGCACACGUCGCUCGGGCCGUUCGCUUGCCAGUGAGAUCUUGGAACAACGCAAAAAGGAGAAUGAGCAGGAUACGCGCGAUUAUAACUUGCCUUACCUGUUCAUGCGUAUGGGCAAGAUCAACAAAGCUAGCUGGAGGAAAUAUCUUGCCGGCGCGAUUGCUGCUUCUAUGACCGGUAUGGUAUACCCCGCGUUCGGUGUCGUUUAUGCCAAGGGUGUUACUGCCUUCGGUGAAGAAGACCCCCGCCACCGUCGUCAUGACGGUGAUCGCAAUGCUUUGUACUUCUUCAUCAUUGCUUUAAUCUCGGCGUGCACAAUUGGUGUCCAGAACACCAUGUUCGCUGCGUCUGCUGCAGAGUUGACGACCAAGUUGCGAUCGCUCUCUUUCCGCGCGAUCCUGAGACAAGAUGUCGAGUUCUUUGACAAGGAGGAGAACAGCACUGGUCAAUUGACUUCUACACUCAGUGACAACCCCCAAAAGAUUAAUGGUUUGGCUGGUAUUACCCUCGGCGCCAUCGUCCAAAGUGCCUCCACCCUUAUUGCUGGUUUCAUCGUUGGUCUCAUCUUCGCGUGGAAGCUCGGUCUUGUCGGUAUUGCCUGCACGCCUCUUUUGGUCUCUGCUGGUUAUAUUCGUCUGCGCGUCGUUGUCCUCAAGGAUGAGCAGAACAAGAAGGCCCACGAAGAAUCCGCUCAACUUGCUUGCGAAGCCGCCGGUUCUAUCCGUACUGUUGCCUCCCUCACCCGUGAGGAGGAUUGCUGCAGACUCUACAGCGAGUCUUUGGAAGAGCCUCUUCGUCGCUCGAAUAGGACCGCUAUGUGGAGCAAUGCUAUCUUCGCUCUGUCUCAGUCUAUGACUUUCUACGUUAUCGCUCUCGUCUUCUGGUAUGGUUCCCGACUGGUGUCCAGUUUCGAAGUCUCCACCUUCCACUUCUUCAUCGCCCUCAUGAGCACGACGUUCAGUUCUAUCCAGGCUGGAAAUGUCUUCUCCUUCGUUCCUGAUAUCUCCUCCGCGAAGAGUGCGGCAGGUGACGUCAUCAACCUCCUCGACUCUAUGCCCGAGAUCGACGCUGAGUCGACGGAAGGCAAAGUCCCUCAGAAUGUCCAGGGUCGUAUUCGAUUCGAGAAUGUUCACUUCCGCUACCCCACUCGCGCUGGCGUUCGCGUCCUCCGCGACCUCAACCUCGUCAUCGAGCCUGGUACAUAUGUCGCCCUUGUUGGCGCUUCUGGUUGCGGUAAAUCUACGACGAUCCAACUUAUCGAGCGUUUCUACGAUCCCCUACAUGGAACCAUCUACCUGGAUGAGCAACCUAUCUCAGAGCUGAAUGUUUCGGAAUACCGCAAACAUAUCGCACUGGUCUCCCAGGAACCGACACUGUAUGCCGGAACGAUUCGCUUUAACAUCCUUCUUGGUGCUACCAAGCCUGAAUCCGAAGUGACCCAAGAGGAGAUUGAAGAAGCAUGUCGCAACGCCAACAUUCUUGACUUUAUCCAGUCGUUACCCGACGGCUUCGAUACUAACGUCGGCGGUAAAGGAUCGCAGUUGUCUGGUGGUCAAAAGCAGCGUAUUGCGAUUGCACGAGCACUUCUCAGGAAUCCUAAGGUCUUGCUCUUGGAUGAGGCUACGUCUGCUCUUGAUUCGACAUCAGAGAAAGUUGUACAAGAAGCACUGGAUCGUGCAGCAAGAGGACGGACAACGCUUGCCAUUGCGCAUCGCCUGUCAACAAUUCAAAACGCUGACCGCAUGACGGCGCUGUCAGUGAAUCUGGCACUCAUGACGAGCUCCUCGCUUUGCGUGGAGGUUAUUACGAGUAUGUGCAACUACAAGCCCUUAGCAAGACUUGAUGGAUGGACUUCUUGGAUCGCUUUCUUUUCGUUUCUUCAUCGCACACAUAUUAUUAGACUCGCUCCACUCACGAUCUUGGCUUGGUCACGAUUGGUUUCUACGCCCCCCACGUUUAAUGCUUUCUCUCAUGUGUAAAUAUUGGGCUCGAGAUCACGCAUACCCUUCAUUCAUGUACGCCUCGUAGUAAAGUAGCUAGGUAGGUAGUAUUUGCGGCAUGAAUGCCCUCCUAUAUCAUAGUAAUUCGUGAUUAUAUCAGUACACUCGUUUGAGGAUUUUGAAGUUUGAACGAUGACAUUGCCUCGUACAUGUAUUUUCUCAAUAAUGCAAUUUCGCUGUU